AUGACCUUGGAAGACUCCACUGGCUUCUACAUCUUCUUGCUCUUGCUUCCCUCGAUCUGGUCCCUCACGGAUGGACUGUUGCGCCUCCGUCAAGUUGAGGUUCCGCUCCUAAUUAAUGCCGCUCUCGAUCUCUUUUCCGCUGGCUGGCUGCUGUACAAUGGCGCCGUCACUGUAUUCGGAUGGAUGUGGUAUGGCUCAGCUGUUCUUGCAACCAUCGCUAUAUGUUGCUUCAUUGCUGUGUAA